ACUUACUUUACGGUACUGAAAGGCUGCUAGGACAUCUAGGGCUGGUAGCGCAGCGGCAGCGGUAGCAUAAGCUGCUGCUUAUAGCUGAGUUUUUGAUUCAUUGACUGCACUACUGAUGCCGCUGCUUGCUGCAUGCUGCUUCCCCAGUGUCCACACCAUACCCCGUUAUUAUUCUGACCCUUGGAAAAUACUACACAGAACACCUUGAGUUUGACAACGUCAUUGACGUCGACGAAUUUUUCAACAAAAGUCAAAAAAGUUGCAAAACGCGAAAUUGAGGAAAAUUCAAAAUACCGUUAUUGAGCUAAAUUAGGUGUUUUUCUUUAGAAAAAGCAGUUGUGAAUAAUAUAUAAUUAUGGUGCAUAGCUGAUACGCAUAUUUUAAUGAUGGAGAACUCUACAGGCAUUCGAAAACGGAAAAAUAAACAUGAUAAUGAGGCCAAACAAGUAGCUGAGGAAUGUAAUACAGAAAAACUACUUCCAAGUUCACUCCGAGAACUGGGUGAUGGGGCACCUGCUGAAGGAGAAAUUGAGUCAAAACAGGAAUGUAACGGUGGAAUAAGCAGUCAAGAAACAAAAUUGACUAAAGAAAUAGCUCAAGUUAAGAAAAAAGAAUUGCCCAGCCUAAAAAUCUAUUUGGAAAUAGAUCCAAUAUGGCUAAUAUUAUUAUUUUUAGCUCUCUAUACUCGGCUUUACAAUUUGGAACAGCCCAAGCAUAUUGUGUUUGAUGAGCUACACUAUGGGAGAUAUGUGUCAUUGUACACAAAAGGUGUCUUCUUCUUUGAUGCCCACCCUCCUCUGGGCAAACAGCUGCUCUACUUAGCUGGACGGGCUGCGGGUUACAAUGGCAACUUCACAUUUGACAGGAUUGGCUCACCAUACACUGAUGCAGUGCCUGUAAGAGCCUUACGCUUAGUGCCAGCCAUAGCCGGCAGCCUUCUGGUGCCUAUGACAUAUCAGCUUAUGUCAGCUUUGUCAGUCUCACAAUGGUCAGCUAUACUAGCUGCAUUGUUGGUGUUGUUUGAGAACUGCUUCCUGGCCCAAUCGAGGUUCAUGCUGCUGGAGUGCAUCCAGCUGCUGUUUGCCCUGGCGGGCAUACUCUGCACAGUGCGGAGCACACGGCGGUCCGGCGCGCUGGCGGCCGCCUGGCUGUGUGUGGGGUCGGUGGCACUCGGGUGCUGCUUCUCAGUAAAAUACUCCGGCCUAUACACCUACUAUUUAGCCCUCUUCAUAGUCGGGCGUCAAAUAUGGGACUGGAUGGGCCAUCCUAACUCAAGCACCUUCAAGCUCACCAUGGCCGCUUUCUGGCGAUUUUCAAUCAUGGUGUUGGUUCCGUUGUCGGUGUAUACUGGGGUGUUCUACUGUCACCUGGCGAUGCUCCCGAAGGCUGGGCCGCACGACAGUGUGAUGACGAGCGCGUUCCAGGCGUCGCUGCGCGGCGGGCUGGCCAGCAUCACGCGCGGGCAGCCGCUGCAUGUGGCGCAUGGCUCGCAGAUUACGCUCAGACACACGCACGGGCGCACGUGCUGGCUGCACUCACACACGCACGUGUACCCCGUGCGCUACGCCGACGGCCGCGGCUCCUCGCACCAGCAGCAGGUGACCUGCUACAGCUUCAAAGACGUGAACAACUGGUGGGUGGUGAAGCGGCCAGAGCUCGCGUCGCUGGCCGUGGCGCGACCGCCGGACGCCAUCCGCCACGGAGACACGGUGCAGCUGCUGCACGGCAUCACGAGCCGCGCGCUCAACUCGCACGACGUGGCCGCCGCCGCCUCGCCGCAGUCACAGGAGGUGUCCUGCUACAUAGACUACAACGUGUCGAUGCCGGCGCAGAACCUGUGGCGAGUCGACAUCGUGAACCGCGAGAGCGACGACGCCACGUGGGACAGCAUCCGCUCGCAAGUCAGGCUGAUUCAUGUGGACUCGGGGUCUGCGCUUAGGUUCAGCGGGCGGCAGCUGCCGGCGUGGGGCUUCCACCAGCACGAGGUGGUGGCGGACAAGGUGCUCGCGCACCAGGACACCGUGUGGAACGUCGAGGAACAUCGCUACACUAAAUCUGAAGACCGCAAGCAGCGCGAGCGCGAGCUAGUGACCGCCGAGAUGAUCCCCACCGCGGCGACGCAACUGUCGUUCUGGGAGAAAUUUCUAGAGCUGCAGUACAAGAUGGUGGCGCACGCGCCGGACGCGCCCAGCGGGCACAUGUUCGCGAGCGACCCGCACGAGUGGCCGCUGCUUACGCGCUCGAUCGCCUAUUGGCUGUCACCUACGUCUAAUGCCCAAGUCCACCUCAUCGGCAACCUGAUAACGUGGUACACGGGCACGGCGGCCGUGCUAGUCUACGCCGGGCUGCUAGUGCUCUACGCGCUGCUCCGGCGGCGCGCGCUGCCCGGCCUGCCGCCCGCCGCCGCCGCCGCCUUCCACGACGCAGGCGCCGUCCUGUUCCUAGGAUACCUAUUACAUUACCUACCAUACUUCUUCCUAGACCGCACUCUGUUCCUACAUCACUACCUCCCCGCCUACAUCUUCAAAAUACUUCUAGUCUCCUUCGUCAUCGACCAUUUGUACUUUUUACUACAUUCCCAUGAGAAAACUCGCCAUUUGUGUAACUUGUUUGUUGUGUGCGUGAUGGUGUGGUUGGCGUAUGUUGUAAUCACGUUUAGGAAGUUCAGUGUGCUCAACUACGGAGAUACGGAUUUGACUGAAAGCGAUCUCAUUAAUCUCAGAUGGAAAGAUACUUGGGAUUUCAUUUUGCAUAAGAGAGGUUAGCCGGUUAGUCCAACUUAGUUUUAUGUUAUACUGCCCUUUUGGCUGCUAAUUUAUAGUCCUUACUCAUCCUUCAAGGUGAAAGUUUGUGGAUCAAAAAGUGAAUCUGUCACAAAAUACUCAGUAUUAAACUAAGCUAUUUCUACAAUCUAUAUUUUAUCUUAGAUCUAAUAUAUUUUUAUUAUUUAUUAAUUAAGAGUACUUAAUUACCUAUGUAAGAUGUAACAUCACAUUCCGUCCAUUUACUUAUUACUUUUUAUUUAAAUAAUAAACCUUUGACCCUCUAUACUUC